AUGGCCGAAUACAUGUCUGUAACAGAAAACAAGUUGCUAGACAUUCUAGCGGACUCGGAUAUUUUGAUUGAUGAAUUAUUUCAUCUUCAAAAUUUCAACACAAUAGUCAAUUAUAAUCCUUCGCCCGAUCAAAUCAUACUGAAUAAAGAGUCAGAAAGCUUCUCCAUCUUUAAAAAUGACAAUAAUCUAAAUGUGUGGCCACAAAAUAGUAAACGUUCUACGAGAAAUGCAACUACAACACAAAACAGUAAGCUACUAUUGAUAAAGGAGAGGCUAUCGUCGAGAAUCAAUGAUAAAAUCAGAGAAAAACUAGAGAAUGAUACCAAUUGCCUAGGGAAAAGAAAAAAAGAUGACUUUGAUUCUACUAGUGUCAACAAGAAGCAAAAAACAUUAAAUAAAACUAGCAAAGUGAAAUUUCGCAUAUCUGUCAAACCACAAAUAGUAACACAUCCUGAUCACAUCCCUGUACACCAGUUCAACUCCACUGAAGAAUUGUUUGGUUCAUAUCGAAAUGUUCUUGAAGACCCAGCUCCUGAGAUUGAAACAUCAGAAUAUAAAGAUUACCUUGAAAGCCAGGUAUCUUUGGUUAACAAGAUUAAAAAUGCCAUUGAAGACAAGGAAUUGCUAUAUAUUGAUUAUAAUGAAAACCCGUUCAGGCCAGUGCCAAACGGUGUUAGAGAGCCAACAAUGAUUAAGAGGAAUCCAGCGUAUCACAUCAAUAAUUAUAAACCUCCAGGUGUUCCAUUUAGAAUUAAAAAUGAUCUAACCCAUUACGACCAUUUACUUGCACAAGCUAUGAAAUCUUCUAAACUGAUACAUGACACCAGGGCGUUAAAGAUACAAAAAUGUAAAAGGAUUGCACAGAUGAUUGAGUUGCACUUCAAGCGUUUAUCGCAGGAAAAUGAAAAACAGGAAAAAGAAUUCCGGAAGAAAAUCGUUAGGUUGGCCAAAGACACUGCUAGAGAAGUGAAGAAGAAAUGGAAUAUAGCUCUGAAGGCUUACAAGAUCUUGGAAGAAAGAGAGAAGGAGCGUGAACGUAUGCUCAAAUCAAAGGAACAAUUGUCUAAAAUUUUGGAUCACAGUACAAAGGUUUUAGGGGCCCAACUAGUGGGGAAAUCGAUAUCUAAUACUCCCAGUUUGGAUCCCGAAGAUAGAAUCGAAGCCAAGAGUGAAAAUAGCGAACACGAUGGAGGUGAUUCAGAUGAUGAAUCAAGCGAUGAAAUGUUAAGCUCAAGUUCUGAAGACGAUGACGACGAUGAGAAUAACGAUGCACUUUGUGGAGAUAGAGCUAUUGACAAUGUUGACGAUAGCAAGCUUACAGUUGAGCAGCUAAAGGAAAAGUACAAGCACUUGGAAUCCAUCAAAAUUGAUGGUGCUCCUUCUUUGAGAAGCACGUCACUGGCUGAAAUUUACAAGGACGAUUCUUCUAUUGGUGAUAAAAGUAGUCACUCUAGAGAAAAUGACGAUACAAAGACGGUUGGAGGAGUGUCAGCAAAAUCAAUCUUAGAUGAUGAUAACGAUUCUUACUCCAUUAGUGACGAAAGUAUGUCCGAGUCCUCUAGCGAUGGUGGCUCCGAUGAUGAAGACAAUGAAAGUGAAAAAGCCCCUGGCUUGGCGGAUCUAUUUGCGACGAAUGAAAACAAAGACUCCGAUGAUGAGGACGAUGAAUCUGUCUAUAGUGAUCAUUUUGAAAAUGAGACACCUUCCUCUUCACCUGAACAUCCUAAUCAAAUCGAGUCUGUAGAUAUGGAGAUGACUGACGAUGGUAUUCCUAGUGUCCCCACCCCUGUCUUGUUAAAGGGAACUUUACGUCCGUAUCAGAAGCAAGGUCUAAAUUGGUUGGCCUCUCUAUAUAACAAUGGUACAAAUGGUAUCUUGGCCGAUGAAAUGGGUUUGGGUAAAACUAUUCAAACUAUCUCAUUAUUAUCCUACCUGGCAUGUGAAAAAAACGAGUGGGGGCCGCAUUUGAUAGUUGUGCCAACUUCAGUCAUGUUAAAUUGGGAAAUGGAAUUCAAGAGGUUUGCGCCAGGCUUUAAAGUCUUAACAUACUAUGGGUCACCUCAACAAAGAAAAGAGAAACGUAAAGGUUGGAACACUCCCGAUACUUUCCACGUUUGCAUUACUUCAUAUCAACUAGUGGUCCAUGAUCAGCCUAUAUUCAGAAGGAAAAAGUGGAAAUAUAUGAUCCUAGACGAGGCCCACAACAUCAAGAAUUUUAAGUCCCAAAGGUGGAAGGCUCUAUUGAAUUUUAAUACUGAACACCGUGUGCUACUCACAGGUACCCCUUUACAGAAUAACAUUAUCGAGCUAUGGUCCCUUCUCUACUUUUUAAUGCCCUCAUCCAAAGAGGGUAACGCAAGUAUGCCUGAGGGGUUUGCGGAUCUAAUGAAUUUUCAACAGUGGUUUGGAAAACCAGUUGACAAAAUUAUUCAGCAAGGUACCAGUGAUCGUGAAUCUAAAGAGACCGUGAAUAAAUUACACCAGGUCCUACGGCCAUAUUUGUUGAGACGACUAAAACAGGACGUCGAGAAGCAAAUGCCUGCCAAAUAUGAACACAUUGUAUACUGUCGUCUAUCUAAAAGACAAAGAUUGCUCUACGAUGAUUUCAUGAGUAGGGCGCAAACUAAAGAAACUCUAGCUAGCGGAAAUUUUUUAAGUAUUAUCAACUGUUUGAUGCAAUUGAGGAAGGUCUGUAACCAUCCGGACCUAUUUGAGGUCCGACCAAUUUUGACUAGUUUUAGUGAGGAAAAGGCUGUUUCAUCCAAUUAUGAAAUCAAAAACAGAAUUGUAGAAAAAUUGAUGAAGUUUAAUACAACGGAUACCGUGAAUCUAUCAUUUUUAAACCUUGUCAGUGGUAUGAAAUACACAAACAACAGUCCAUCUUACCAUCUACAAACUAUCUGUGAAUUGAAUGCUUCGAAUGUUUUCACUAGAACCAUCAAUGAAUUGGAGGAAAAGCUUGCAGGAAAAAAAAUCAUUCCUAAUUAUAAUGACCUUGAAAGCUAUUAUGAAUACUUAUUAAAUAAAGAGAAUUCUGAUUUGUUGGAAUUGAUGAAGUAUCGAAGAUAUGUCAAUGAUUUCAAUUGUAAUAAAUCACAACUUUUAUCUUCUAGUUUGGUUGAUAUGCUAACCUUGAGGAAAAACAAAAAUCACACGAGUCAACUUGUAAACUUGGAUUUGGUGAAGUCCAUCGUCAAAGUUUCGGAGAUGAUGAGCACCAUUGUUGAUAAGUUUGCAUUUGUUACGCCCAAAGCUGUUUGCCUGAACAUUCCUGAUCUUAUGUUUCCCGCUGAUGCUAAAAAUGAGUUGAUCUAUGCUUCACAAAGUAAUAGGAUUUUGAAUCCAUUCCACCAGGCUCAAGUUAAAACCUCUAUAGCUUUUCCUGAUAAGUUUCUACUACAGUACGAUUGUGGUAAAUUGCAAAAACUUGCAAAGUUGUUGCAUGAUUUAAUCCCUGCUGGACAUAGGGUCUUAAUUUUCACACAGAUGUCUAAGGUGCUAGAUAUUCUAGAGCUUUUUCUAAACUUCAAUGGUUAUACGUACAUGAGAUUGGAUGGUGCUACAAAGAUCGAGGAUAGGCAGUUGCUAACAGAGAGGUUCAACAAUGAUCCGCGAGUGAAAUGCUUUAUAUUAAGUACCAGAGCUGGUGGUUUGGGUAUUAACCUUACAGGUGCGGACACUGUUAUAUUCUACGAUUCAGAUUGGAAUCCUGCAAUUGAUAAGCAGUGCCAAGAUAGAUGUCACAGAAUUGGUCAAACAAGAGAUGUUCACAUAUACAGAUUUGUGUCUGAAUACACAAUCGAAGCAAAUAUUUUGAAAAAAGCAGAACAAAAGAAACACUUAGAUGACGUCAUCAUUCAAGAAGGUGACUUUACAACAGAUUACUUUACUAAGUUGACUGUUCAGGACUUAUUAGGUAAAUCGGGCGAUACAGAGUCUGACAAGAAACUAAUCUUAGGUGGCGGGAAAGAUUUCACUAAAGCGUUGGAAAUGGCUGAAGACGUUGAGGAUGCUAAAGCCGCAGAAAUUGCCAUGAAGGAAUCCAAUGUCGACGUUGAAGAUUUUUCUGAUGAAGAAAACCGAGGCAAUGUAGGACGUAUGGACAGUGAGCCCACGCCUGUUGAGGAAUCUGCUGAGAUUGAGAAAUUGGCUACAAGAGUUGAAGAAUUGAGUACUCACCACCAUAGCAAACAAGCAGAAGAAGUGGCAGAAACUAUCGAUAACGGUUUGGAUGAUGAGAUUGGACAUAUUGAUGAAUAUAUGAUUCGCUUUAUUGCAGGUGGAUAUUAUUUUGACUAG